AUAUUGAUCCAUGGGUUUGAGUUGACUUCACUCCUCCCCAGUCGCCCAUUUGAACAACUCUGGCGCCUUGCUUGGUCUUGCUUCUGAUCCCCGAUAAUAUCCCCCUUUUCAUGUCCUUCUAUCCUUAAGAUACCCUUGGGCACCCUUUCCACAGGUCUUCUACGUAAAAAUUAUUUGCGACUUUCCCUCCGCUACCCCUGAUCCUACCAUUACUUCUUACAAGUUCUCUUGUCACAAUGGCAUCCACUUCCGCUGUAGGGUCGUAUUCGAACCCUUUGAAAAAGUUCAAGCUGGUGUUCUUGGGAGAGCAGAGCGUUGGCAAGACGUCCCUGAUUACGAGAUUUAUGUACGACUCAUUCGAUAAUACAUAUCAAGCGACCAUCGGAAUCGACUUUCUGUCAAAGACUAUGUACCUAGAGGAUAGAACUGUUCGACUCCAACUUUGGGAUACAGCCGGUCAAGAACGAUUCCGGUCGUUAAUUCCUUCCUACAUCCGGGAUUCAAGUGUUGCUGUUGUUGUUUACGAUAUUUCAAACGCCAAGUCCUUCCAGAACACCCGCAAGUGGAUAGACGACGUACGAGGGGAGCGUGGCAAUGACGUUAUUAUUGUUCUAGUUGGAAACAAAACUGAUCUUAACGACAAGCGUGAGGUCACAACCGCGCAGGGUGAAGAGGAGGCUAAGAAGAACGGGUUGAUGUUCAUCGAGACUAGCGCCAAAGUUGGUCAUAAUGUCAAGCAACUUUUCCGGCGGAUAGCCCAAGCUCUACCAGGCAUGGAAGGCGAAGGUAGCAGAGGAGAAAGCCAAGUGAUCGAUGUGAACAUCACCCCAAAAGAGACCACAACCAACGAUGGAUGCGCUUGCUGAAUGCUGUAAUGUACUACCUGGUCACCAUUUUCGAUUACAUUCACCAAUUUGUUUCCUCGAUCUCAUUGAUGAGGUUUGAGAUUGUCAAUAUUGCUGCCAUUCUUAAUCUGUACAUUUUUC